AUGACAUCGACUACGAAGAAAGUGCCCAUUCCACCAAGGGGCGUGGAUUACAGAGGCAAGAUUGUGCUUGCACCAAUGGUUCGGUCAGGAGAGCUCCCAUCUCGCCUCCUCGCACUUCAUUAUGGCGCAGAUCUCGUCUGGGGGCCGGAGACUGUUGACAGAUCCAUGAUUGGCACAACUCGCAGAGUAAACGAAACUUUAAAGACGAUUGAAUUCACAAGAAUACCCUCCCAAGGCCAUAAAGACAAAAAUCAAAAUCUCAAAGAGAGUGUCAUAUACCGAAUCCACCCAGAGCGCGAAGGAAGCCGAACCAUAUUUCAGGUUGGCACAUCAGAUCCCGAGAGAGCAGUUCAAGCUGCGCGCGUCGUCGCUCGCGAUGUCGUCGGAAUAGAUGUGAAUGCUGGGUGUCCCAAACCAUUCAGUACACAUGGUGGAAUGGGUGCUGCUCUGCUUCAGACCCCAGAUAAAUUGUGCUCCAUCCUCGAAGCGCUCGUAAAGGAAAUUGUACCGGAAUUCGAGAUCGGCAUAAGCGUUAAGAUUCGUUUAUUGGAGACGCCCGAGAAAACCGAAAGUCUUGUUCGAAAACUAUGCGCCACUGGAAUUACAGGUCUCAUAAUUCAUUGUCGGACCACACCGAUGCGACCACGAGAACGGGCCAUUCGAGAACAACUUAAAAUGAUUGCGGAUAUAUGUCGUGAAUCGGGCGUAGCAUGUCUUAUGAACGGAGAUGUAUACAAUCGAAAAGAGGCGGAGCAAUUAAUAUCAGAAUUUGGUGUGGAUGGAGCGAUGAUCGCAACAGCAGCCGAAACGAACUCAAGCUGUUUCCGGAGCGAAGCAGAUGGGGGUUUAGCACCUUGGCGAGAAGUCGUAGAGCAAUAUCUAAAAACUUGUCUCGAGGUCGAAAACAAGUGGGGAAACACGAAGUAUCUACUCAACCACAUUAUUCCAGGGAAGCAGCCAGAAUACAAUCUGGUCACAGCAACAAAAAGUUAUACCCAGGUUUGCAAAGUACUGGGCUUAGAAGAUCUGGAGGCACAAGCAAGAGAGGUCGAUAGAAGCAUUGGUAUUGAUCCAGACACCGAAAAGCUUGGGCGAAGACAGCAGAAGAAGCAGAACCUGAAAGAGAACCAAAGUGCUGUAGCCGCUGGUGGUGGCAAAAGCAAGAAACAGAAAAAAGUCAGAGCCGAGAGAGGAGUUCCUAAUCAGCAGAAUAAUGAGCCUCCCGCUGCUACGAACGGUGUCGCUAUCGUCUCAUGA